AUGGGAAUGACCGCCUUCCGCCCCAUGGUGGAGCUCACGGCUCGGUCCAGCAUGCCUAAGGACCCAGAGGCUUCAUCCUCAUCGUUCUACAGCCGGUCGUCCGCACCUUUAUAUCUCCCGGGGCACCCAAAUGAAUGCCAUGUCGCCAACCCGGCGGGUGAUGUCAUCUCCGCAGAAGAGAGAUCCAAUUUUGAGAUUGUUCACGCGAACUGUAUCAAGUUUAUCCGGAUCGUCGACGAGCGCCAGCGACAACUGAAGCUACGUCUCACGGAGCAGCAACAGACGGCGAUCGAUAUGGCGCCAAUGUUUGAGCUUGAGCGUGCCCAGCUAAAAACAAAGAUUCGACGGUUAAGCCUGGAAAACCAAGCAGUGCUCGACGAGUUUCGUAAAGUUAGAGAACAGGUGGCCAGCCUAGCAACACCGAUGUGCAGAAUCGUAUCAUCCGCAAAGAGCUCGAGCAGGCCAUACAUUUUACUCUGUCGUCCGUGA